ACCCCAAAAAAUAACUUUUGCUGAAACUUCUGGAGGAGAUACAGAUCCUGUCCCUGAAACCAUGGGGCCUGUCAGCUACUCGUCAGAGACCUAUGACUUGAGCCAGGUGGAGCUGAGCGGUUACUAUGAAGCUGAGAACACCACCCCUUCUUUGGAAGGCUACUUUUGCUUCAACCCAUCCUCAUCCAUAGUGGGCAACCAAAGAGACCCCUUCAGAAAGGUCUUCAUGCCCCUCAUCUAUCUGCUAAUGUUUGUGUUGGGUACUGUGGGCAAUGCCUUGGUCCUGGUCAUUUUAGAGAGGUUCAAGCGGUCCCGUACUACCACAGAAAACUUCCUUUUCCACCUAACCUUGGCCAACCUGGCACUAUUACUCACCUUCCCCUUCAGCGUGGUGGAGAGCUUGGCUGGGUGGGUAUUUGGGAAGUUCCUCUGCAAGAUCCUUAGUGCUGUGCACAAGAUCAAUUUCUACUGCAGUAGCAUGCUGCUGGGUUGCAUUGCAGUGGACCGCUACCUGGCCAUCGUUUAUGCAAUCCACACCUACCGUAAACGCAGAGCUCACUCCAUUCACCUGACCUGCAUGGCUGUCUGGCUCUGCUCACUGCUGUUGACCUUACCUGAUCUCAUCUUCAUGGAAGUCUGGACAGAUGACAGCAACCGCAGCAUUUGCUAUUUUCCGGAAGUUGGGAUUGAUGGCAACAAUGUCUGGCUAGCGACCCGCUUUCUCUACCACACCGUUGGCUUCUUUGUGCCCCUGUUAGUCAUGUGUUACUGCUACAUGGCCAUCAUCCGGGCUCUGUGUCAGUCCCAGCGCUUGCAGAGGCAAAAAGCUGUUCGCGUAGCCAUUCUGGUUACAGGCAUCUUCCUGCUCUGCUGGAGCCCCUACCACAUCGUUAUCUUCCUGAACACACUUACCAAGCUAGAAGCCUUCACCAAGAAUUGCAUCCUGGAAGACCAGCUGGACACGGCCAUUAUGGUGACAGAGGCCAUUGGCUUCACGCACUGCUGCCUCAACCCCAUCCUCUACGCCUUCAUUGGAGUCAAGUUCCGUAAUGACUUCUUCCGAAUCCUGCAGGAGCUUGGCUGCAUAAGCCAGAAGACCCUGCAGGAGAUCCUGGAGGUGACAAGGAAAGGCAGCGGGAUCGAGUCUGACAACACCACCUCUAUCUCCACUUUCUAG